ACGCUUAGUCAUUGGAACCGACACUUCAAGUGAAAUUAAACAUAACCCAGGUUCUCUGGCUCAUUUGUUACUUAGUGUGGAAAAAUGGCAGAUUGUUGUUCAAUCUGUCUGAAUAUACUGAGGGAUCCAGUGACUAUUCCAUGUGGACACAGUUACUGUAUUAAGUGUUACUUGUAUCGGGAAAAUGACAAAGGAAUCUACAGAUGCCCCCAGUGUGGACAGACCUUCAUACCAAGUCCUGUUCUUAACAGGAACACCAAGUUUGCUGAAUUGGAGGAGAAUCUGAAGAAAACAAGACUCCAAGCUACUCCUCCUGAUCAUCAUUAUGCUGGACCUGAAUAUGUGGAUUGUGAUUCUUGCACUGGGAGAAAACUCAAAGCUUUCAAGUCCUGUCUGGUGUGUCUGGCCUCUUACUGUGAGAUUCACCUACAGCCUCACUAUGAUGUAGCUCCAUUAAAGAAGCACAAGUUGGUCCAAGCCUCUACAAAACUACAGGAGAAGAUCUGCUCUCAUCAUGACAAACUACUGGAGAUUUAUUGUCUUACUGAUGAGCAGUGUAUCUGUUAUCUUUGUAUGUUGGAUGAACAUAAAGGCCAUGAUACAGUCUCAGCUGCAUCAGCAUGGACUGAGAAACAGAAACAUUUAUUGGAAGAACAUCAGAAAUUCCAGUUGAGAAUCAAAGAGAAAGAGGAGAAGAUUCAGGAACUGAGAAAUGCAUUGGACUCUCUUAAGCACUCUGCCCAGGCAGCAGUGGAGGACAGUGAGAGGAUCUUUACUGAGCUGAUCCACUCAUUUAGGAAAAGACACUCUGAAUUAAAGGAGCUGAUCAGAGCUCAGGAGAAAGCUGAAGUGAGUCGAGCUGAAGGACUCUUGGAGCAACUGGAGCAGGAGGUCUCUGAGAUGAGGAGGAGAGAUGUUGAGCUAAAACAGCUCUCACACACGGAAGAUAACAUACAUUUCCUCCAGAAUUUUCAGUCUCUCAGUGUCGCUCAUGGAUCUGAGUAUUUACUCAACAUCACAAUCUAUCCAAACAUCUGCUUUGAGCAUGUGAAAAAAUCAAUUUCUGAACUAAAUUAAGAUUUAUGUGAGAAGGAAAUGGAACGGAUGUCUGUGGAAGUAACAAAGGUUCAGAUUCAGCGCCCUGCUGAGCUCAAGAUCAAACAGGACAAAUUAGAAUCGCGGCAGAAAGGGAAAUGAGACAACUUUUCAGACCAGGGGGCAACUCACAAGUUAGUGCUACAGGCCUAGCAGCUCACACUACACAAGAACAAACUGGAGGAUCACGGCAGUCUUUGCGGUAUCAAACGCAGCAGCACUUAGGCAAUUGGGGCUCUCGUCAGAGGAAAAGGGCCAAAAUUCAACAUCACAAUACUUUCAACAAAGAUGUCAUCCUUCUUACAAAGCCAUCAAGCAGUGUCGUCGUCAAGCAUCUCACUAAACAACGGUUACACGAACACGGACAUAUACUGAAUGGGUUUGAAUUCCAGAAGUCUUGGGACCUGAAGACUGUCACUGAACAAAUAAGGGAUGCCUUUGGAGAAAAACUGUCUGCUGAAGUGAGCCUUGAGUUUCUGAUGGCAUGUGGCAACAGAUUGAUUUCCCCCAAACUGCGUGCUGGACAGGAACUGGAUGCAAAUCUCAUUCACAAAGUAUAUAAAUCGAAAGCCCUAUACCUCAGACCAUCAAAGCCAAUUUUGGUACUGGAGGAUGAUCCUUUCAAGGAUGAUAGCAGCGAUGACAACAAUUCUUGUUCCAAUCGCCAACUGCGGUCCUCAUCUCUAAUGGAAGCUAGACACUCUUAUGCAUCUUCAGACAGUUUGACCAGUCCUACAACUGCCUCCCCAUCAAACAGUACUUCUGCAGUUCAGUCUUUUGCCUCAUCAUUUGGAUGUGAAGUGUUCUCCAUUCAUACUCCAGCCUCGUCCUACCACAGCAAUAUCUCACCUAACACCACCAUUUCAGCAAGCGGUUCUUCUAAUCAACUGCCAGUAUGUCCUUCCACCAGUCAACCUUCUACCCUACCAUUUGGAGGAACAACUUCAGUUGAUCCAACCCUGGUACUGACUUGGCCAAACAGUACAAGCUCACCCUACCAAAGUAGCACUUCAGCAAGUCAUUCCUCUGAGUUACCCUCUACCUCAACACACCAUCAAGCAACAAACUAUGAUAACUACCUUUCAAUAAUGUCUGUACUGUCUGAUCUUUCCUCUGAUGAGGAGGAACUGAACCAGGCUAUACUAGCAAGCUUGCAUAGUGAAAGGACCACAGGAUGUUGGAUGCCAGCAAGAGAGAUCUUGCAAGAUCUUGCAACAAAAAUAACCCAACAGAAGAGAUGCAAGUUUAACAUUAACCGAUCAACAGUCUUGGAUGGAGCCAUCAGAGGUUUUAAACGAAGGACAUAUGAUCCAUGCCACACUAUUUCUGUCAGAUUUUCUGAUGAUAUGGGAGUACCUGAAGAGGCUGUGGACUUGGGUGGACCAAGAAGGGAAUUUCUAACACUGCUUAUGGAAGCUUUGCCCAGAUCUCAAAUGUUUAAGGGAGAAGAAGGCAAAAUGAACUUGUCCUUAGACAGUACUGCCAUGAGAGAGGACCGGUACUUCAUUGCAGGCAGGGCCAUCGCAGUAAGCCUUGUACACGGUGGACCUCCCGCAGGCUUUCUGUCUCCAACCCUCUUCUCUUGCCUUGCUGACGGCCCAGAAUUGGCAAAGCCAGUAUUGGCAGAUGUUGCAGAUAGUGACCUACGUGACAAAAUCAAAAGGGUCAUAGAGUGUAAAACAUUUGAAGAACUGCUAGCAACCACAGAGCCACUUGAGGAGUAUUUGGCCAAUGCUGGCUGCCUGAGGCCGCUGAGAAAGUUGGAAGACAAGAACUUGCUUGUAGACGACAUCCUGAUGUUUCAAGUGAUGCACAGAGUGCGUGGUCCUUUCGAGAGAUUUAGGGAUGGACUGAGAACACUUGGUGUGCUGGACAAAAUCAAAGCUCAUCCGGAGAGUUUCCGCCCCCUUCUAUGCUGGUCUCCUACAACCCUCACAGCUGACCUGGUUGAAAGCCUCUUCACCAUCCGCCUUUCUCCAGCUGGCAGCAAUAAAAGGCAUUCUGAAGAAGUUGUUGUUCCUUUCUGGAGAGACUACCUAACAGAUGCAGAAGAGCAAGAAGAAACACAGAAGCUAGGGACGAUUCUCGCCUUUGCCACUGGAGCCAAUAUUGUUCCACCAAUUGGCUUCUCUCCACAGCCUUCAAUUGAAUUUCUUCACCCGGAGCAUGAUGCAGGAACUACCUCUAAACUACCAAUUGCAAACACAUGCAUCAAUUGUCUGAAGUUACCACUGCACACUUCUUACAAAGACUUUAAGGAAAACCUGGACUUUGCAUUGGGCAAUACCCAUGGUUUUGGCAUGGCUUAAUAUGCAUGCAGGGAGGCCUUCUCAGUUUCUGUUGUAAGGUCUAACUCACACACAGAUACUGUAGAUAGAUACAUGAAGCAGCACUGAAGUAAUCACAAAACAGUUCCUGACACGCAUAUAUUUGGUGUCUCAUCAUUCCACAAUUUGGGUGUUUUUUUGUGUGCAAAAUACACAUUUGUUCCAUAUUUUUUUUAAAGAAUGUGCUUACCAUUUCAUAUUAAGUACAGUUCAGAUUGUCAGAGUUCAAUGAAGGUAAAACCAUAUCAGAAACCUAUUGUUGAGAAAGCUUAACAUUUUUAAUUUGGCUUUUUGUGGCCAGGAUUAUCUUGCCAGGCAUCUUGAAACUGCUGUUUUUCAGUGAUAAUUCAUAGAUACAUUUAAUUGGUAUUUUAAUUUCAAUAGUGUUUGCUUUAAUCAUCUGUGCUUGAUUUCUUUAAUGACAUUUAUUUGCAUGGACCAUUAAAACAAACACUUGUUGUUGCUGCAAAUAUUUUUGAGCUUCAAGAGUUCACCAAAUCUUACAGUUUGGAUAACUGGAUAAGUGUACAAGAUUCCUAUAGGUAACACAUUGACCCUAACCUGACAUAUUGCCUAAUACCAUCAAAUAUUGUAAGGCAUAGCUUUCUAAAACUGAUCUACACACUGGCAUUAUGUUGACAGAUUGUAAUUUGGCCUCUUAUUAGUGACAAAUGUUAGUGAUGCCCUAUACUUGACUCUUGUUACUCCUGUUCUUUGACUAAUAACAUUUUACACAAUUUUCUUAUUAACUAGUUAUUUAUUUGGUAUUUUAUUUGCUGUAUGUGCAAUGCAAAAAAAAAUCUGCUUUUGUCAUCUUCUGCUUUGUUUCUCUUGAUGUCCAUUUCUGCAGAUGCCCAAUGUUUGUUGUUAGAUUUUUUAAAUCCUGUUCAACAAAGUACAUGUUAAAACAAGUCAGAUUUUAAUUCAAUUUAUUGAGAUCUCUAGAUCCAAAAGCAUGAAAAAACACUGGUUUUCACAGUAUUUCAGGUUUGACCUUUUUGGGAAUUAUUUUUUGAAAAUAAAUAAACAAUACAAUGAUACCAUGACCUUAUAACGAUCUCUAUCUUUAAGUAAAGUGUUGUUCUGUCACAUAGGCAGUGAAAGGCAGUUUUGCUUUAUAUUACAUAACUAUAGCAAGUAAAUAUCCUGUGUUCUUCUACUAUUUAGGUUAAUCUUAGUCUUUGUCAAGUUACGCAGUAUAGCUCCUGGACGGGUUCGGUUUCUUUUUUAAGACCGAAUUAUGGUUACAAUAUUAGGAAUGCCUCUCAAGAAAAUGCACAAGGUUGCAAAAUAAAUCUAUACCAUGAUUUCCAUCAUCUUCAAAUGGAUCAAAGGUCUGUUGAAGUGUCUCCAUUGUUGUGUCACUAAUGGUAAUGUUCAUUGAUGGAACAACAACAUCAUUGUUUGUCUGUAACUGUGAAAGUGGUCUGUCAUCAAUAGCAAAGUCACUGUGUAUGUCAUAAACACCAUUCAUACAAGGGUUA